GGGGUUGGUCAGAACCAGUUUCCGCGCGAAAUCCUGACGGUGACGCGCGCGUGCAGGUUUUUUAAUUUAUUUAUCUGAACUCGACAGACGACGUCACUCCGACUGAAGCGAUCAUCUGUAAUCGAUAUCUGCAUCGAUCACCGUCUGACGUGAGAGAGAGCACGAGGAACGUACGAUGAAAUACUCCGCGAGACUGAGAGUGAGGAGGGUCUACAGGUGGCUCGGGGGCCCUUUAAGGUCCAACCGGAAGCUAAAAACCUACGACUAUCGCUCGUUGGCCAUCAGCGUGGAGGGUCUCCCGAGGACCACGGUCAUCAACACCGGCCAACACAUCCUCAUCGAGGGAGAAGACGAAGACAACCCGUACGUGGCCAAAGUCCUCAAGCUGUUCGGAGACGAGAGCGGGAAGCAGAAGAAGGCGGUGGUUCAGUGGUUCGCUCGUGUGUCCGAGGUGCCUUUGAGCAAACUGAAGCUGCUGGGCAGAGAGCCUCACCCUCAGGAGAUCUUCUACUAUGACGGGCGGAGCUGUGACGACGAGGUCAACGCCGAGUCCAUCCUCAGACCUGUGCAGGUGAAGCACCUGGAUGGAGCAGCUCCGUUCCCGGACUCUGACGAUAAGGACACCCUGUACGUGAAGCUGUCCUGGGACUCUAAGAACUUCAAAGCGGUGGACUCUUCUCUGCUGGACUCUGAACUUGCUUCUCCUCCGUCCUGUCCCAAACCGUCCCUGCCACCUUCACCUCCCUGCUCCCCUCCCACGGCGGCCCCAGCGUCUCGAGGCCUUUCUCGUCGCGCCCUGCCGACUCCGGACCUCGGCAUCAUGCGCCGGGCCACGUCGGGGGAAGCGAGGUACAGCAGAGCCACGAUGAGCGCGGGGAAGGCCGGCGCCGCCGAGGCCGAGUCACUGCACUCCGCCACCAAACUGUCGGCGUCCAAAUGUCUCAGCGCCAAGAGGAGGACCGCCUCGGCCCGGACGCCCGGGGUCCGCAAGAAACUGGAGCUCAGCAGUCCAGAGAAGUCGUCCAUGAUCCACGAUGACGUCCUGUGUCAGCUGCUGAAGGAGGAUCUGGAGUCGCAGGUGGUUCUGGCUCAAAGGUUGUCGUCCUCUCCUCCUCAGUCGUCCCCACAGACGCCGCUCAGAAAGAACCACGGCGCUGAGGACGACGUGUUCUGCCUGAAGUCGUCCUCCGUCUUCCUCACCAGACUCUCUGGGACGAGCAGUCCUCCAGACGACAGCAGCAGGGAGCUGUUGGAUGAAAGUCCUCAGCGGGGUGAGGUGACGGAGGCAGGCUUACCGACCGGCUCGGUAAAGACGCCGAGGAGAAGAAACGCCACGCCGAGGACAAAGAAGGCGACCACGCCGUCUCGGAGGAAAGAACCGAAAACCCUGAAGGAGCCGGCGCUGGCAGUCCUGGCCGAGGUGGAUCAUGAAAACUCUCCGAUGCUGCCGGUCGCCGACACUCCGAGGAGCUCCAAGAGGAAGUCGGCUCAGCUGGUGUCGUCUCGCAUCAGGAAACAGCUGAAUCUUCUGGACAACCAUCAGGACCUGAACUCGGACGACGAGGACGAGUUUGUUCCCUCCAAAAAGGAGCUGCAGAGCAGCAGUGAGGACGAUGACGACGAAGGGGAAGAGGAGGCGGGGCUGGACAGCGACGAGGAGGUCGUGAUGAAGAGAGGUCGACACGUCGGGACUCCUCGUUCGAAGCAGAAGACUCGCUCAUCGACCAGAACACCGCGGAAAACUCCCAGCAAGAAGAUCACUCCUCAUUGCGCAACUCCCAGCAUCCCCAGCAGGUCGCUGCCGGCCCGACAGCCCGCGAAUGUUCUGGAGGAGGCCAGAACGAGGCUUCACGUGUCCUCUGUGCCCGAGUCUCUGCCCUGCAGGGAGCAGGAGUUUCAGGACAUCUACAGCUUCGUUGAGAGUAAAAUCAUCGACGGCACAGGCGGGUGUAUGUACAUCUCAGGCGUGCCGGGCACAGGGAAGACCGCCACGGUCCACGAGGUGAUGCGCUGCCUGCAGCACGCCGCCGACGUGGACGAGAUCCCUCCUUUCCACUUCAUCGAGAUCAACGGCAUGAAGAUGACGGAUCCUCAUCAGGCCUACGUCCAGAUCCUGCAGAAACUGACGGGUCAGAAGGCGACGGCCGACCACGCGGCGGCUCUGCUGGAGAAGAGGUUCAGUAACCCGGCACCGAGGAAGGAGACGACCGUGCUGCUCGUAGACGAGCUGGACCUGCUGUGGACCAGGAAGCAGAACGUGAUGUACAACCUGUUCGAUUGGCCGACACGGCGUCACGCCCGCCUGGUGGUCCUGACUAUCGCCAACACCAUGGACCUGCCCGAGAGGAUCAUGAUCAACAGAGUGGCCAGCAGACUGGGUUUGACCCGGAUGUCGUUCCAGCCGUACAGCUUCAAACAGCUGCAGCAGAUCAUCAUGUCGAGGCUGAACAAGGUGAAGGCCUUCGAGGAGGACGCGCUCCAGCUGGUGUCCAGGAAGGUGGCCGCUCUGUCGGGCGACGCUCGCCGAUGUCUCGACAUCUGCCGCAGGGCGACGGAGAUCUGCGAGCACUCAGCCGCCGAGCCUUCAGCCACAGGAUUGGUCGGGAUGAGUCACGUGAUGGAGGCGCUGAACGAGAUGUUUUCAUCCGCCUACGUCACCGCCAUCAAGUGUGCGUCCGUGCAGGAGCAGCUCUUCCUCAGGGCGGUCAUCGCAGAGUUUCGACGGAUCGGAUUGGAGGAGGCCACGUUCCAACAGGUGUUUGUGCAGCAGCAGGCUCUGUGUCGGGUGGAGGGUCUGCAGCCCGUCAGCGUGUCGGAGGGCCUGGCGGUGUGUCAGCGUCUGGGAGCCUGCAGGCUGCUGCUGCUGGAGCCGAGCCGGCUGGGAGUCCUGCAGCGAGUGCGGCUCAACGUCAGCCAGGACGACGUGCUGUUUGCCCUGAAGGCCGACUGAAGGAGCAUCUGACUGUAGAGAGCUGACACUUUAUCACUGAUCCUGUUUGUAUUUGCAUGUUUGAAAUGUCACUGCGCUUUAUUUGUCUUAUUGUUGAUUGAUGAUGUUUUUGGUAGAACGUUCACUGAAAUAAAAUCUACCCAAAGAA